UCUUGAAUUGCGCAUACGUUUAAACUGUUUUAUUAAAGUGAUUUGUUGGUCUACAGCGAGAUCUGCUGGUGAUCCGGCGCCCCUGCAGGCUGGCGUUCACUCCCACUACGUCGCCACUCCGCGGAUCUGAGAUCCGGUGUCCUGCAGCAACUUUUUGGGAGGGAGAAACAACACGUAACUAACCGGUAUUUUUGCUAGCGGAUGUAUUUCAAAUGAAGUGAAUGACGGGAAACAUUGAGUGGGUGAUGGAUGUAGCUGCGUAAGUGUGGAUGAAGUGUUUUGUCUUCAGUCGAACACCGAGGCUCUGGUUUGGAUUGGAAUCUACCGGUGACAAGUCCGUGUGGAGAGUCACAGCUUUUAUCAAGCGCAUUUUCUGAACUACACCAAAGUGUUUUUGAGCUUGAGGCUGCUGUUUUCAUCCGACUCACUACACCAUGGCGAAAAAGUAUGACUUCCUUUAUAAACUGCUUCUGAUCGGGGACAGCGGAGUGGGCAAAACCUGUCUGAUCAUUCGGUUCGCUGAGGACAAUUUCAACUCCACGUACAUUUCAACCAUCGGCAUCGAUUUUAAAGUUAAAACUAUUGAGGUGGAUGGAAAGAAAGUGAAACUACAAGUGUGGGACACAGCAGGACAGGAGAGGUUUAAGACCAUCACCACAGCCUACUACAGAGGAGCCAUGGGCAUAAUUCUGGUGUAUGACAUCACAGACGAGAAGUCCUUUGAGAACAUCCAAAACUGGAUGAAGAGCAUUAAAGAGAAUGCAUCAGCCGGGGUGAGUCGGAUGUUGCUGGGUAAUAAGUGCGACAUCGAAGCAAAGAGGAAAGUUUCGAGGGAGACAGGAGAGAAGCUGGCAAAAGAUCACGGCAUCAGUUUCUUUGAGACCAGCGCCAAGUCCAGCAUUAAUGUUGAUGAGGCCUUUCUGUCUUUGGCACGUGACAUUCUACAGAAAUCCAGCAAGAAACCAGGUCCGACAGGUCGGGAGGUGAAGAUCACGAGCAGUCCAGGGAAAUCCUCGUCCAAAUGUCUCCUGCUCUGAGUGGAACGUCACAUUUUCAGUCACCGCCUGCUUCAGGAGCACGUCAGUAUUAAAGAUUGGAGUUGCAGUUUUCAUUCAUUCCAAACACGUGCGUCAACUUUAUAAGGUGUUUGUUGCCUCAAAAGGAAACUUAAUAUCAACUGAUUAUUUCUUCUGAUUUUACUUGCCACAUUUUAACAUGACAAAUAUGUUUUUGUGUUUUAUUUCAUUACUUGGUUUUAAUGUCUGUCUUCUUACCCUACAUAUAGUUACACCUAAAACAAAGUCUUUAUCGGAGAAAUGUUAUAAAUAUGUGGGUGUGAAUGGGCUUCACAAAAGAGAAAGGGCCCGCAGUCAAAAGACAAUUUAGCACCUGUCCACAUAUUGUGACACAAACAUCACCAAGCAAGUGUGAAUUAUGAUAAUGACAGUUGAUCAAGAAGUCUCCUUCAUAUUGUUUGUGACCCAUAUUUUGUGUGUUGAAACAUUGAUGCUAUAAACAUCACGGUAACUCAUGUUGAUGUAGGAGAAACGUUCCCUUAAACUUCCCUUUUCUGUGAUAGUGGUUUCAUUAGAAUGGUUCUAACUGAAUGCACACUUCUCUACAUCAACCUGUCCACAGCUAAAAUGGCCUUCGAAGCCAAAUAAGAUGAGAUAAUAAGAGAUGGAUGGAUGAUGGAUGAAGUCAGUGGAUGAACGUGAGAGAGAAAGAGGUCAAGUGUUGACUUUUAUCUGAAGUGCCUGCUAAAUCACUUACUGGACUUGAGUGUCUGUGAUCAGUCCUGGCAGUGAAAGAGGGAUUUUCUAAUGUUGGAUGUUGGAAUUGAAUUACUCUAGAUAGACACCUCUCUUGUAUCUUAUUUCACACUCCAAGUCUGGAGCCACCACAUGUGUAUUCCCUGUAUGAAGCUUUUGGAAUUAAAAGUGUAAAAAUGUU